UGAUGACGUAGCGCUGGGCGGAGCCAGGCUGGAAGUGCUUCACCAUCAGAGGGAUAAAAGCUCACAUUUUAAUAAAGGUUGUAACACUAAGGGUGUAAGUGUGCAGUCCUCCUUGCGACCCAAGCAGGGAGGCACUGGUGACCAUGAGUGAGAAUGGCCCUCAUACAGAGGCGGCCAUGUACUUUGAAGUGGAAGUGGAUCAACUGGAGAGGGACGAGGAAGAAAAUGUUGCUGAACCUUCAUCGUCCUCUGGUCGUGUAUACGACCGCACCACAGUGCUCAUUGAGCGGGACCCUAUUCGUCUUGAUGAGGAGGGCGAAGAGGAGGGUCACUGUGGAGGGGAUGAAGAUGGGGGCGCCUUCCUAAAUGAAGGUGAUGGAGAUGAGGAGGAAGGGUCUUUGGUGUUUAUGACUGACCCUGAUGGGAUGUCACAGGGUUACGUGCACCACACAAUUUCUCCAGAUCAGAUACAGUUUACGAUCAAUCCAGGCUCUACACCAAUGCCACGUAACAUCGAGGGGGCAACACUCACCUUGCACUCGGAGUGUCCAGAGACCAAGCAGAGAGAGGUAAAGCGCUAUCAGUGCACAUUUGAAGGCUGCACAAGGACAUAUAGCACGGCAGGAAACCUGCGGACACACCAAAAGACACACCGGGGCGAGUACACGUUCGUGUGUAAUCAGCAGGGCUGCGGAAAGGCCUUCCUCACUUCUUACAGUCUAAAGAUCCAUGUUCGUGUUCACACCAAGGAGAAGCCUUUUGAGUGUGAUGUGCAAGGCUGUGAAAAGGCCUUCAACACUUUAUACAGGCUAAAAGCACACCAGAGACUUCACACAGGCAAGACUUUCAACUGUGAAUCGGAGGGAUGCACAAAGUACUUUACCACACUCAGCGACCUGAGGAAACACAUUCGCACACACACGGGGGAGAAGCCGUUUCGGUGUGAUCACGAUGGCUGUGGAAAAGCCUUUGCAGCAAGUCAUCAUCUAAAAACACAUGUACGGACACACACAGGGGAGAAGCCAUUUAACUGUCCAAGUGAUGGCUGCGAGAAGACUUUUAGCAGCCAGUACAGUUUAAAGAGUCACAUUCGGGGCCACGACAAAGGACAGAGUUUUAGCGUCACCCUCACCCAUCCACACUCUGAAGAUGCAAAUCACUCGCUGUGCCUCAGUGACUUGAGCCUCAUCUCUACAGACUCGGAGGUACGAGAGAACAUCAAUAAUGCUCAAAACCUGGAUCUCAACAAUGUGACUCCUGUGAAAAUAUUUGAACUCAUGUUUCAGAGUCCUGAUAAUAGCAAUAGCCAGGAUGAUGCUGAACCGAACGAGAACCUUGGUGAACCCUUCAGCUUAGAGUGCUCUGCUCAAGCAGGAGCCACUGAUGCCUCUUCUAUCAUCUCCUACUCUGUCAGUCUCGUGCCCUCAUCUUCCUGUUCCCACAAUGCUGCUGUCAUGUCGGCUUGCUCGCAGCGCAGUCAGAGCUUUUCCUCUCAAGCUCCCACUGCUACCACUGUCACUCCGACUGUAAGCUCCACACAGCCUGCCCCUUUCAUGCAGCUAAGUGGGCCUCAGCAGAUCCCUGAUGUGCCUCAGGCUUCUGUCCAAGCAUCAAACCAUGUCACCCCCCAGCAGUACGUGGCACUGCCGCCCACAUUCAUGCACUCAGAGAAUGAUACUCAGACCAGUCCUCAACCCCCCCCACCCAUCUCUGCUCAUCCUCCGGUGGCUCCUGCACUGACCACUGCAGCACCAGGCCCGGCUGCUGCUGCUGCUGCUGCUGCUGCUGCUGCUGUAGCUGCGACCGGCUCAACAGAUGUUCUUGCAGCUGUCGCUCAACCCGUGCCUUUGGCCAAUAAUCCUGUAGCUAACACCGGUCCUGGUGUGGCUACGUCUCCUGCCACCAUCACGAUAUCUUCAACUCAGAACCUGUUGCAGCCCAGCCUGGUCAUGUCUGACCAGAACCUGCAGUGGAUCCUUAGCAGUGCUGCCAACAGCCAGCAGAACCCCGAGCAAGCGCCACAUCAAGGAGCUCCAAAGGUGGAAAAGGUAUUCUUCACCACAGCCAUACCCGUGGGCGGAAAUGCUGGCAACUCUGUUCAACAAAUUGGCCUCAGCCUACCAGUCAUCAUCAUCAAGCAGGAGGAAUCCUGCCAGUGCCAGUGUGCCUGCAGGGACUCCGCUAAAGAGAAGAACGCAAAGACUGCUCCCCCCGUUGUUCCAGCCCCAGCCCCGCAGCAACCACCACCCGAACCCCCAGCCCCAGUGGAGCCUCCAAACCAGCCGGCUACGGUACCAUCUCCCUCAUGCUGCAUCCCCAAGCCUUCUUCCAAGGUGGGUGAGGUGAGGCUGGAGCCCCCCUCUUCCUCCUCCUCCUCCUCCUCCACACCUCAGACCUUCCCCACUAUAGUGGGCGGCACUGCCACCAAUCCACCCCCAUCUGAUGGAUUAACCAGUAUGGAUGUCUCAGAUUUCCUCUCCAUGCAGAGUCCAGAAACAGCUGCCAACAUUGAGGCGCUGUUAUUGGUUGCAGACGACUUUAACAUGGCCACUGACGGUGAUCCUUAAAAAAAAAAAAAAAAAAAAAAAAAAAAAUUGCCUUCUAUGUCUGGCACUUUGUGUUUUUUCUGUUGCACCCACUCAUCUACAGGCACCAACUCCACCUACAGCAGUUCGCCCUCUGAAGCAAUUUCUAUUCUUCAACUGUAUGUGGUCCAUGCAUUGAAUCCUCUGUUCCUGCAGUGCGUUAUGUUUGGAACUGUAAACCACACACACACACACACACACACACACACACACGAUGAAUAACUUUUCUGUUUCUCAUUGCAGUAGCUCAGUUUUUGGAGGCAGGAUUACUUUUGCUUUUUGAUAUUUAGUUAGCUUCAACUCUCAGUUAAUGCAAAUAAAAGCCAGUAGAUCUUGUGCGGAACAUACAUGUAUAUAAUAACUCUUGAAUUUUUUUUUUUAAUUGAAAGAAUGGGAAAACAGCUCUGUUGUCCAAGCACUGAUGAUAAGUACUGUACUACAGGUCCUAACAAACACUUCAAGGUGGUAUGCAACUCACCAGAAAUCACUGUAUAUUAGAGGAAUUUGCUAUGAAAUUGAUUACGUGUUGCUCCCAUCAGGAAUCUAAAGGGGUUGACCACACAGCCCCUCAUUUGGCUGACAUGUAAUAUGUAGUGAUUGACCUGGGGUUAUUUUUUUUUGUUUGUUUUUCUAGUAGGACUAGUGUUGUCCAGAAAAUGUGAUGAUCCUUUUUGUUAAUCCUUUUGACAGUUAACUAAUCAGGAAAAUCGGCUGUGAUCAGAUCUGCUUGCCCUUAAAAUGGCAUUUAAUCAAUUAAUAAGUUGCCUCUAACUUAAAAUUGUAUAUUAAUUUAUUUAAGUGCUUCAUUCUUUCACCAUACUGUUAAUACUGUUAUCGUUGAGAUAGCACAAAAAUAAUUUAUUAAUUUAUUUUAAUCGCUUGUAUUUUAUAUUGCUUUUUUUUUUUUAUAAACUUGCUUUCCUUUUUUCUAUAAUGUGUAUCGCUAAAAGCAAGCUUUUGAGAAAAGAGGCUCCUCUAGUUGACUGCACAGUGAAGCAAAUGGUCCUGUUGGACCUACUUAUUUGUGAGAAUGGUCCACAAUAGGCAACUACUGUCAACAUCCCAUGCUUUUUUUUUUUUUUUUAGGGUUUUGACCCUCUCAGGGAUGCAUAAUUCAUAACUGAUCCCAGUUACCUUAGUUUGUUACUCAGAUGUGUUUUUGUAACCCCUUGCAGUAGCCCUAUGUUUUGCUGCACUCUUCCUUGUUUGUUGCACACUAUCUUGUAAAGAGAAUAAUCUGCCAGCUUAUUAACUGAUGUGCAGCACCACUACAGACUUUUUGUACACAACUGCUGUAAAGUAGCAUUUAAUGGUUGGAAUCCAGAAAAUAGUGUAAAUAUUUUGGUGUAAACAUCCUUGACGAACUUGUAGAUUAUGCUAGGAUUUGUAUUUUUGUAUAGACUUUUGAUUUAUAAACUCAGAGUUUGGAGUUAAUGUAUCCCCUAUAUUGCAUUGUAUACUGCAUUGUUCCCCUGGUCGCGUUUAUGCAGAACACUGAGUUUCUGCCGUGUUUAGUUAAAUAGCUCUAAUAGCAGCUGGACUCUGUACAUUUACCAUUGCAAAGAGGAAGAGCCUCAUGCUCGAUUAAUUUAAUAGUAUUGUUUCACACGGGACUCAAUGCAAUGACAGAGCAAAGACAUUAUCUCCUGUAAGUUAGUGUUGAAGAUGGCCUUACAGCAUCAACUGUUAUGUGAGCCUCCUUGCCUUGACCAUCUCUGCUUUGGAAACAGACAUGUUAGUCCUCAUCCAGCAGCAGAUCAGAGGCAAAAAAAGCUCGGGAUUACUUUAGGUUUUCCUUGAUCCAUGUUUUCCUGCAGGAAUAAUGCAGAGUUCUUUGUGGUUAGACAGCAGGUCUUGAAAAGAUUGGCUACAUAACCUAUACUGAUACUAAUCAUUUGACUCCAAAUUUUAAUUCCAGAUUAUUGGAUCUCAACAAACGAACACUUGUCCAUUUGAACCUCCAAUGUAUAUUUUACUUUGCGGUUGUGUCAUAAUUUAGACUAGUAGCCUCCCUUUGCUUGACAGGUGCAGAGGAAGCAGGUCUCAGAUAUGACUGAGCAGCAGUUGGAUAUCCAAUAUAACUGGGUUUGAGUCAAACCAGUGUCAAUAAUCACAAUAUUCAAAGGCUUCACUCACACUUUGUACUUGAAACCAUUUUCUGCAUGUGACAUGGAGUGUCUAAAUCUUAAAAUUGACACAACUGGGCCAUUAAAAAAAUACUGCCAGGAGUCAAUCAUAUAUUACGUCAGUCCACACAACUAUGCAAUUUAAAGUUAAAAUAUUGACUCGGUUAUUGACGCCUUUCUUCAUGGGAUGAAAUUCUGCUACAAAAUUAUACAGAAGUCCUGGAGCAGAGUUGGGUUUCUAGUGCAAUCAUGUGUGUGCUACUUGGGCUCACGAAUAUCGCAUUUGAAAGCUUGAGAUAGAGGGAUGGACACCUAGACUUUAAAGUGUGUCCUUGAAAUGCUGUUCCCAUGAAUGUUGCACCAUGUCUAUCCUUUUACAUGCAGUUUUGCCUCUGGUUCAAAACCAACUUUCUUUUUUUUUUUUAAAUACUUGCGAAUGAAUGGUUCUGUUUUAAGAAUUGUUUGUCAACUGUACAAAACUUUUUGUCCAUAAACAACUUUCACUGG